CGACAGAGCUCGUUGCAUUAUGGGUAUUAGAUUUCGCCAUAUUGGCAAAUUUUAUUUAGGCGUGUUUUAAAUAGAUAGCAACUAGCGCCAACAUUUGACCAUUAUAGUUAUUGACUGUUAGCGAUCGAGCGACGUUUGGAAAUUCUUUGUUGAAAUUAAACCAAGUUAUUAUCAGCGAUGAGUGGAAAAAGAGACAGAGAUAGCGAUUAUGACUCACGGUGCAAAACGGUCCAUCAAGGAUACUAUGCAGAAUCAACUAAUUGGCCACCUGAUAUGCCUGACAGAAGGAAAAAACGUAGAAGUCGUUGGGGAGGCGAUGAUAAGGAUAAAGUUUUUAUUCCUGGUAUGCCAACUGUUCUGCCUAAUAACCUUAGUGGCAAUCAGGAAAGAGCCUAUCUUUUGCAACUACAGAUUGAGGAAAUUAGUCGACGGCUACGAACAGGAGACUUGGGAAUACCUCCAAACCCAGAAGACAGAUCACCAUCACCAGAACCAAUUUAUAACAGUGAAGGAAAAAGGCUAAAUACGAGAGAAUAUCGUACAAGGAAAAGAUUAGAAGAUGAAAGACACACGCUUAUUCAAGAAAUGUAUAAAUUUAAUACAGAUUUUAAACCACCUGCUGAUUAUAAGUAAGUAGUUAAUUUAAUGUUAUACAGUUGAUCCCCCCUAUAACACUGUUGAUAAUUCCGUUUUAUAUGAAUUCCAUGUUGUAUGAGUCACUUAGAUUUUAC